UUCUGCCCUGAAUUUCUGAGAUGAUGCAAACCAGACAGAUUUUUAAAUUCUUUUUACUCUGUUGUUUUUUUCAAGUCCUAUCUGUUUCUUUAAGAUCUAUACAUUAAUUUAGGCAUAUCGGUAGAAAUAUAUUCCAUUAUAUUCUCUAUAUUAAAUUAUCUCCAAGAAGAUGGAUUUCCUGUAAACAGAAGUUGUGAAAACACAUCCCGAGAAAUAGUCAGAUUAAAAAUAAUCAGAAAAUAAUGUAGCUUCCGUGAAUUUAUAUGUCUUGUUUUCAUUAAGUGUAUUGAAUUUUAAAAUUUAUUUGAAAGCCUUAGUAAAUUCAGCUAGACUUGUUUGUGAAUAGUCAUUAGCUAUUAACAGUAAAUAUUUCCUACGGAAAUCAUUAAAACCAGAAGCAUUUAAAAUAUUAGAAUUUGAGUACGGUAAUAUCUAUGAUGAAAACAUUCAUUAAUGAUUUCUACCAGAGAUCCAUAGAAUUUGAUAGUCAAACAAUGUUUAUUAUUCAUCAGGCUAUCUAUAAGAUAUUCACAAAGAACAUAAUUGAAGUGCAGAACCAAAUUAAACAAUCUUCUGCUUUCCUUUCUUAAAUCCACAAGUGGUGCAUACAUUUAUUCCCUUAUACAUUUAAUCAUGUUCUCCAAAAGGGAUAUUUUGCUUCAGCAAAUAUAAUUUGAAAUUAUGGGUUUUUAAAAUUAAAGUAUUAAUUGAAUCUCAUAUCAGUUAGUAAACAGAUGCAAAUAGAUACAUGUAUCUAACAUUUGAGUAAAUUGAAUUAAUGCAUAUUUUCCCCUGUGUGCAGAAUUGUUUCAGUAUAUCAUGAUUUAUGAAAGGAAACAUAUUACCACAACACAUUCUCAUUUUCUAUGUAUAUUUCAUAUUUUUUGAGACCAUAGAAUUGCUAUGUACAAAAAUAAAAUAAAAUCAUUCUGAAAUAUCACUUCUUUUGCUGCUUUGCUAUGUUCGAUUAAUAAUUUGUUACUGUUUAUUUUUCAGAAAUUAUGAAAGAUGAUAGUUUUACAACAUGGACAAAAAAGGCUUGUGAUUUAAAAAGUGAUAUUAAGCAAAAGCUGAUCCUUUUAGCCUUGCUUUUGUUUUUAACUGUGCUGCUUGUGAUCUUGUUUCUCUACCAAUACCUCGGCAAUGUAUAUUUUUCCUAUGGAGAAUCCUAUGUUGAGCAAAAUUUCUGUCCACGUGGUUACUUCAAAUUAGGAACUAUGAAGAACUGCUCACCAUGGUUGUCUUGCCAGGCUAUAAAAAGAGAAGUCCGUAAACUGAAGCAUGUUGGUGGAGGAGCUGUAAAAAGGGUCUUUCUUUCUGAGUGGAAAGAAAACAAAGUGGCACUUUCCCAGCUAACUGUGCCAGAGCUACAAGAAGACUUUAUUCAUGGGCUUCAGAUGCUAAAAAAGUUACAAAGCAAGCAUGUGGUCAAACUCCUUGGAUAUUGUGAAGAGGAGUUCAUGAUCCUUACGGAGUAUCACCCAUUUGGGUCCUUGAAAAAUGUUAAUGAGAUAUUGAACCUUCCAAAAUAUAAGAAUUAUAAUACAUGGCACAACAGAUUUCUGCUUGCCAUAGGCUAUGUGAGCAUUAUCCAUUUUUUACACAAUAACCCCCUUGGCACUUUUGUUAUGUGUGACUCCAGUGAUCUGAAUAAAACACUGUCACAAUACUUACUGACUAGCAGCUUUCAGGUGAUUGUGAAUGAUUUGGAUGCCUUGCCCCUCUUGAAUAGGAGGGCUGGUGAAUUGAUCAAGUGUGGUCAUCGGGAACUGGAAGGUGAAUGGGUUGCUCCUGAGCAGCUUUGGCCACAUGGAAAAGAAGUACCUUUUGAAGACCAUCUCAUGCCUGCCUAUAAUGAAAUGAUAGACAUAUGGAAAAUCCCUGAUGUUUCUAACUUUCUCCUGGGAGAUGUUGAUGGGAGUGAUCUUGUCAGAUUUCACUUAUUCAGUAUACAUGAAGCAUGUAAAAAAAAUGCAGCUGAAAGACCUUCCUCUCAGAUGGUACUGGACAGAUAUAACAAUGUUCUUGCCUCACUUGUGAAAGAAGCAACGGUGUCCAAUACAAGGGACAUGUUAUAAAAAGAUUGGAAUGCUUUGACAGCACGACUAAUAUUGGGUAUGUUCAAUGUCAGUGUUCGAUUUUUUUUUCCAAUGUGGAAAGUAGCCGAGAAUGUAAAAAUAUAAGCAUAAGAAUUCUCAAAUAACUUUAAAUGUUUAUAAGAUCUUGCAUAGGAACAAAAGCGUGUACUUGAAAAUUCAUAUUGUUUUCAUAUUUUAAUUUUAAAAUGAAAUUUCUGGGUCACUAGUGUACUAAACAUCAAUCAUUUGACAGCAAUUCUAGUAUUUUUUAAAAAUUUAUUAUUGAUGAUUGUGCAAUUCUUUCUCUUGAUUUUUUUUUUUUAGUAUGUUCCCAAUUAACCUCAUUUCUGUCCUGAUAAAAUUUCUUCUUGGAUUUUAAUUCCAUCAAGAUGUUAAUGUAAUCUUGAAUAAAUUGUGCUACGAUCAAUAUAUGAAGAAUGAACACUUGAGUAUGUAAUUGUAACAAUUGCAAGAAUGUUAUGGUUUCAGAUAAAACUUAUUAUUGUCUAAGGAAGCAUUGCUGCUCAGUUAACCUAGUUCAAAGGUAUGAAACAAACCAGUGUACAAGUUCCAUGUUUCCUUUUAUUAGUAGCAAAAGCAUCAAUAUUUCUUUAGGAAUGCUAAUGUGAGAGGAUUUUAAUAUUUUGACAAAUGCACUUUUGGAAAACAUUUCCUGUGUAUAAUGAUUUAAAUCCAUACCAAGAAAUCUUUUGAAAUUCAAAAUGAACUUAAGUGGGAGAAAACAAUGCUGAUUGAAGCCAUUUGAAUGAAUGAAGCCAACAAUGAAUAAAUAUUUUUCCAAAGGA